CUGGUAGAACUGCUCAAUAAAUGGACCUGUACUGUUUAAGUGAAAGCCAAGUGAAGCACUGAUCACAAAAAGGACAACUGUGUCAGUAACAGUGCCAUAUUGUAGGCCUACUUAAACUUGCUUUCAUAACUAGCUUUCAUGACAUUCACACUGCAACUUUUAAAGAGAUAUUAAAAAUGUACUUUUUCAGUAACGGAAGGACAUUUUCAUAGUCUAAAAUAUUAUGAGAAGUCACUGAAGCAAAACAAAUGAUGCAAACUGUGGAGAAAUGUUUCAUCAGUUUUAAAUGACCUGUCCUUUCAAAAAAAUGAAAACAUUGUCAUUCGAACAUAAAACGUAUUUUUUUAGGUACGUGCAGAAUGAUCAAAAUUUUUGUGGAUCUAUUUUUCACUUUUUUGGAUAAAAACAGGAUUAUUAAUGUGGCCCUAAUUAAUCAAAUUUUCUUCAACAGAAUGGAUCAAAAUUAAAAUGUCGUGUCUAAAUCUUGAAAAUACAGACUUAGUUUUAGCUUUCAAUUGACACUUGUUUUGUUUCAGUCACUUUUAUAAAUUUUUUUUUAAGUCAAGUCCACUUUGGUGUGGAAUUGCCCAUGUGUAAAUGUAAUAAAACUUAGUUUAAGGCUUGAAACUAGCAAGGUUAAUUUGUGUUCAUGAUUAAUUUUUAUCAUGUUUUUGCCUACCCCCCCAGAACUGUGGGGUUCCACGUCCGCCCCGCUCAAGCGGGGUGGACGGUUGGACUCCACAGUUAUGGGGUAGUUUUUGCCGAGACUGGUGCAAAAAGCAUGUAUAUAUGCAGAAGUUUGAACUGGCACGACUGGACCAAACAGAACUUGAAAUUCAAUGAUGAUUCACAACUUUCAAAUUCACCCCCACUCGCACACUGAUCACACACCCAAGUACUUGUAAUAUCAUUCAGCUCAUGUCAGUUGACUUCAUACCAGAAUAGGCUGGUACCGUUGUUCGACACCCUUUGUUGAUAGUACACUGCUAUGAAAUACAGUCAGGGGACAUGCCCCAUUGAGACACACGAAAAUUCCGAAGAUGGAGAUUCGCGCAAUUUCCCUGCUUCGUGUGUUGAGGCCGAUUUUAAUUCGUAAAAUUACACCUAUCUGCAAUACCUACAGCAUUAGACAUAAACGGGGAGUGCUGGUGUCCUGUGCUGUGCAAUGUUCGACAGAUUCUGCUGCCAAAAUAAAGUACAGGGAAGUGAUAGAAACGACAGAGGGUAAUUCAACAAUAAUUGAGGGUGUGUACAGAGAUCCUCCAGAAAACUACUACGAUAUUGACAACCCUCACAGGGCCUGCCCAAUCUGCAGUAGAAACCUCAGAGUAACCUACAAGGAUGUUCUGAUCUUGAGCCAGUUCAUCCGGCCAGACGGAGGAAUGUUGCCGAGGAGAAUUACCGGGGUGUGUAAGAAGCAACAGAGGCAUCUGGAGGAAUGCGUAAAGAGGGCCCACAGAGCAGGCUUAUUACCUGAUCACAAACCUCCCAAAGAUGCUGGCGGACUACCACCAGGAGUCACAAUCAAGCGCAAGAUCAAGUUUAACCGAUUUUAACCCCACACAGAGCAACUGUGUGCAUUUGUAAAUACAUUAUUUACAGAAGCAAUUUGAUUUGCAGAAGCAAAUCUGGGUUUUCAGGAAAAAAUACAAAUAAACACAGCAUCCAGCCUGGACGUUUGGGUUAGGGGAGAGCUGACUCCUUUACUUACUCGCACUUUCUUAUUCACAGAUUUAACACAAACUGUUGUACAAAAUCUUAUUGUACACAGUUUACGAGACUCAAAUGCCUACAGCCUCAAGAUUUGGACUAUACGUCUUCAAUGUAGCAACUUUAAGUGAGAGAGACAAGUGCUUGUAUUUAAUGUAGUUGGAAUUCACUUAGCAAGCCCACAGUAGCCGUCGUUCUAAAGAUCAUGUCUGACUUGCCCACCUGCCAGCUUGGUUUUGCCCAUAAGUGUAUGGUAGUGGUUGUAGCUGCGUGUAGUUCCCAUAUAGUCAUGUGUUAUAUCAAGCCAUAGUUACUUUAACAGACACAGUUUGGUUUUGUGAAUGAGAACCAAGACAAUAAAACAAAGAGCUUGAGGCAAAUGCAA